AUGGGGGCGAUGAUAGCUGCGACUUUCGCGGCUGUAACAUCGAGUCAAAGCGUGCCUUCGCAAGCUUUUAGCCCAACUAUCUCGCCUCUUCGGCAGAGAGACUUCGACGUGGCUCUCACGUCGUCCCGCGCAAAGCAUAAUCAAACACUGGGCUGCAUCGGAGAUCAAUCCGACAGCCACCGUCCUGGAGGAGCAAGAGAGCUGUUGUGCACCUUACGCCUUGAAGACGAGCGCAGGAACGGCUGUACCUGCUCAAACUUUCCAAGACAUACCACUGCCAUCCUACGGGAUUCGUUCCUGGUGGACAGGAAACGCUUCAGCAAAGCCUCAGGCAGCAAAACUCCGAAUUUGCAACGGCCGAUGUCCGGAACGCAAACUUCGGAGUGUCUGCUCACAGCUUCUGUAACCGGGUCGGGUUUCUUAGCACCCAGUUGA